GUCCAGUGCUAUGUUAUGCAUCAUAUGCAGAGUUGUGGUGCUGUUUCCGUGAGAUUGCCAUUCCGGUGGUGUUUUGCAUUGGAAAAAGGAGUCGCAAGUUUGAAGGUUCGUGUCGUCGGCUUGUCUUGGGACGAACGGUCGCAAGGGCAAAACCGCGUGAGAGAGGAGAUUCGGUAACGGCGAGCGCAACGCGUCCAUGCCAGCGACGACACCACCUCCGUGCAGGACGGCAGCGCAAUGAUUGUAUCGCACGGCGAUGCCAGUUCAAUCGCGCGAACGAGCGCCCGGCGGUCACGCUGUCGCUGUUCACGCUCCUCAUCACGCGCCACGGCCGCAUCACCCCCUCCAACACCACCACCACCGCAUCGCCGACGCCCACGAACCACCGCGCCCCGACUCGCCCGACACGAUCCAAGUCCUGCCGCGCACCUUUGGCGUCCCGGCCAACGGCAGUCAUGUGGCACCUGCCAAAGAUGAAGAGCUGCCAGGACAACCAGCGAAGAAGAAGAGGAAGUUGAGCAUCAGGACCACGAACAACCAUAGGCUGGAGUCGUUUGGCUUCGGCGCUCAACCCAAGCCGCCCGCUAUCAUUACGCGUGCCGCACCACAUUCUCAGCUGCGUCAAACGAUUAAUGGAGUUACCACCGCGCUGAACGUCGAUGAGGAUGAACUGUCGCGGCCACCCACUCCUGACCGGAUGCCGAAGCGCGUGACGCCAUCGCCUGCGCCUGCGACUGCACCACCAACGGCACAGCCAGUACAAACCGCUCCGGAGAAGAGAAAGAAAGAGGAUCGGCGGUCACUGCGGAGCCAGGAUGAAGGACCCCGGCUGAAGAGCGAGCUGGCAGUAUACUUUGCCAACUACGAAGAUGUCAUGUUCGAUGCGCCUACCGAGGAAGAGGACUUCUUGACAGUGGAUUCCUCGUUGUACAUUGCAGAAGAUACGGCUAAGAGGAAAGAUGGCGAGCCCUCCCCGGCCAAGUCAAAGAAAGGCACUCCACGAAAGGCAUCGGCCAAUGGCACCACAACCCCAGCUACACCUUCACGGAGUGCUUCGCAUAUGACAAUCGCAAGUCCGAGUGUAAACCUCGACUUUCUGGCCAAGACUUUGAGCGAGACGCCGGAUGAUCCUCUUACAGACGAACACUUCCUCAAAACCCAUAAUCGCGCUGAACGGAAAGAAAAACAGCUUAGAAACAUCGAACGCGAGCGCGCUAUGCAUGAGAAGGUGCAACUGGAAAGGCUGCUAGAUGGCUUGCAGGGCCACGACUGGCUGAAAGUACUCGGUAUCACCGGUAUCACAGACGGCGAAGCAAAGAGGUACCAAAAGAAACGCGACUAUUUCAUCAGCGAAGUACAGGCGUUAAUCGACAAAUUUGCGCAAUGGAAGGAGCAAGAGAGGAGACUCCGAAUGCGGAAAGAGGCUGCCCAGGCACGACUAGAUGCGGCUACAGAUGAAGGCGAUAGUACUGCCAGCAGUGUCGAGCCACCGAGCAGCGACCUCAAUGCCUCGGCAGCUAGACAGCUUCAGCAGGAGACAGUCAACGCCGUAAAAGCAUCAGCCUCGUCGAAAUCCAAAGGCAAAUUACCCAUGUACAACGCUACCUCCGCAACCUCAAAAGCUUCAACGCCGCUGUCUACGCCCGGUCUCAUACGCACAAUGCCGCCGCCAUUGCCUCCUAGCCCCGAGGUGCCCAUCACUAGCUUCUACUCGAAACGUCACUUACGAGACGCCGCAUUGAGCAAGUCACGCCAGACGACGAGAAAUGUCACAGCAUUUGGACAUCCUGUACCGGAUCUGCCCGAGCAGGAGUUUGCUUUACCAGAGGAGUUGACCACUCCCGAUGCUUUGCGCGCCAGAGCAAGGGAGAGAAGGCGGAGAAAGCGAGAAAGUGUCGCGAAGACUUCGGGGUCGUAAAAGCCCGCUGUGUACGACAGAAAAGUAGUCCAGCAUUUCACUGGCGUUAUGGCGGAUGAGAUGUAGGGUAGGCGGUUGCGAAUCGGGAGGUCAUGGCACGCGCUUAGGUCUGCAGUUCCUUUUUGGAAGACAUAGUUGCAGUGUGUAUUAUACUCUGUAGCUUCCGAAAUCGGUAUCGAUCGAUGAUGCUAAUUGUACUAUUUUGCACGUUCUCGCGCUCA